AGUAAAUGUGAAUUGCUAUCCUUUAAUUAAUUUGUUUUUAAAUGGCUGCUGACAGGUCAAAUAAAAUGCCUGAAAAUGACGAUGGGUUGUGGAGGUCAUUGUCAUACAGUUUCCUUGCAGUCUUGAUGGUGAAAUGCUGAUCAGAAUUGAUUGAUGAGAGACUAGGAACAGAGAAUAGAAUUGUCCAGUUCUACCAGAUCCCCCGACAGGAUUUGAGAGAGGCCUUCACAAAUGUUCUGGUUUGGAACCUUGAGCUUGGCUAAUCCCAUCCUUAACACUGCCAUCAUCUCCCUUCUUGUGGUAAACUCUUUCAGUUGCUUCAUUGGUUAAAAAAGUAUAUGGUUCUUUAAAUUUAUUGAACUCCAGCAACAAAUGUCCUUCUAUUGGGGCAGGGGAGAAUGUAUGGCCAGCUAUACAUGGAGAGCAUGUGUGAGCAAAAAGCCCACAGAUUCUUAAGCUCCCCCAUUCCAGUGACAGUUGUGAGGAUCUAUAAUAAAAUGAAGAAGGGCUUCCCCAUUGAGUUUAUUCUGCCAAAUGAUGGUAUCCAUAAAUGUUCGUCUAUACCUGUGGUCUGUGAAGGAACCACUCUGUGAAAGUCUGGAACAAAAGUAGACAGUGGCUGCAGAAACUGAGACAUGUUCUCACUGACUUUGCUUUUUGCCUGCUGAAUAACCUUACCAUAUUAUUUAACACAUUCUGAGUCUAAGCUUUUUAGCUGUGAAAUUCGGAUAAUUUUGCUUACUUUUGAGAACUAAAUGAAACAGUAAAUAAGCACCUAGACUAGCAUAUGGGAAACAUUCAGUAAGUGUAGAUUAAAUUAAUGAAUGAAUGAGCAUGCAAUUGCUCAGAAGAAAGAUUACCAUUCACAAAGUUUUGUAGCUACAUUAAGUGGGUUAAGGAAUAUCUCAGUGGGAGGGAGAAUUGCUAUUUUAAAAUGUGUAAAAUAUGAGUAAUUGCAAUUUGCUCUUGUCUUUUUUCCACUGCCCCCUUACAUUUGCUUCCUAGAACUUUCAAAGUAAUACAUUUCAGAGGCCAGAUUAGCUCAAUAAAGAUGGUUGAAUAUGUUUUGUCUUUAUCAAAAGAGUCCUAUAGCCUUGAGUUUUAUUUCUUCAAUCAGUAUCUAUUGAGAGCCUGUUAUUUAAAGGCCCUGAGCAGAGAUACACAAAGCUAUGAAGGACAGGACAGCUGAACAGUUCAUCAUAAAUAAGAAAUAAAUUCUGAUUGGAAAGACUAUGGGUUGUAAAGAGAGCACAAUUUCUAUUCAUUUUUUUUUAAAUGUAUUGUUAGCAUUUAGCAUAAAAGCUAGAAAUAGAGAGUAAAUCCUGUCAAAAUAAUUGACAAGUGCUUCACUCAUGAUUGCGGGGGUUUUGAAAUGGAGAGAUCUAUUGCUAGGUAAGUUUCUAUACAAUUAUGCAGUUCACUCUUGUCACCCUGCUGUUUCUGGGCUAAUCUACAGUGGCUUGAACUCUCCCAGGGUCACCUGAUGAGAGCUUAUUUAUGCAGGGUAUUAGAUUAUGCUGCACUCCAGAGAGCCCAGCCUGGCUGAGCUCAGGGCCAGAACUCAUAAAACAGGACAGCUGGGAAGUGGUGGAAGGACUGAGGGGGGAGAUGAAUUACACCCAGGAGCCACCAGUUCAGAAAGGAUUUUUGCUGAAAAAGAGGAAAUGGCCCUUAAAAGGCUGGCACAAGAGAUUCUUCUAUCUUGACAAAGGAAUCUUGAAAUAUGCCAAGAGCCAAGCUGAUAUAGAAAGAGAGAAGCUGCAUGGCUGCAUUGACGUCGGGCUGUCAGUGAUGUCUGUAAAGAAGUCAUCAAAAUGCAUAGACCUUGACACGGAGGAGCACAUCUACCAUCUGAAGGUCAAGUCAGAAGAAGUCUUUGAUGAGUGGGUAUCGAAACUUCGCCACCACAGAAUGUAUCGUCAGAAUGAAAUUGCCAUGUUUCCACAUGAAGUUAACCACUUUUUCCCAGGGUCCACCAUCACAGACUCUGCAUCUGCGGUGUUUGACCCCAUUUCAAGUAGGAAGCGUAGCAGUAUAUCAAAGCAGAAUUUAUUUCAAGCUGGAAGCAAUUUAUCAUUUUCUUGUGGCGGUGAGACACGAGUUCCAUUAUGGCUGCAGUCUUCAGAAGACAUGGAAAAAUGCUCCAAAGACCUGGCGCACUGUCACGCCUACCUGGUAGAAAUGAGCCAGCUCCUGCAAAGCAUGGAUGUCCUGCAUCGGACGUACUCAGCACCAGCUAUCAACGCCAUCCAGGGUGGAGCUUUUGAAAGUCCCAAAAAGGAAAAAAGAUCGCACAGGAGGUGGCGGUCCAGAGCUAUUGGCAAAGAUGCUAAAGGAACGCUGCAGGUCCCCAAACCUUUUUCUGGCCCAGUAAGACUACACUCCUCCAAUCCUAAUUUGUCAACACUAGAUUUUGGAGAAGAGAAAAAUUAUUCUGAUGGCUCUGAAACCUCAUCAGAGUUUUCUAAAAUGCAAGAAGAUCUGUGUCAUAUUGCCCAUAAAGUUUACUUCACUUUAAGGUCAGCUUUUAAUAUCAUGUCAACGGAGAGAGAGAAACUGAGGCAGCUGAUGGAGCAGGAUGCCUCCUCCUCCCCAUCUGCUCAGGUCAUUGGUCUGAAGAAUGCCCUGUCAUCCGCCCUAGCACAAAACACAGAUCUUAAAGAACGUUUACGCAGAAUCCAUGCCGAGUCUCUGCUCCUCGACCCCCCCGCUGUCGCCAAGUCGGGUGACAAUCUGGCAGAGGAAAACUCCAGAGAUGAAAAUCGAGCUCUGGUUCAUCAGCUUUCUAAUGAAAGUAGACUCUCCAUCACUGACUCCCUUUCCGAGUUUUUUGAUGCUCAGGAAGUUCUGUUAUCUCCAAGCUCUUCAGAAAAUGAGAUUUCUGAUGAUGACUCAUACGUCAGUGACAUAAGUGAUAAUCUUUCCUUAGAUAAUCUCAGUAACGAUUUAGAUAAUGAGAGACAGACCUUGGGGCCUGCCCUUGAAAGUGGUGGAGAAGCAAAGUCCCAGAGAAGAACGUGCCUGCCAGCACCCUGCCCGGGCAGCAGCAACAUCAGCCUGUGGAACAUCCUGAGGAACAACAUCGGGAAGGACCUGUCCAAGGUGGCCAUGCCUGUGGAGCUGAACGAGCCCCUCAACACGCUGCAGAGGCUCUGCGAGGAGCUGGAGUACAGCGAGCUCCUGGACAAGGCUGCGCAGAUUCCCAGCCCCCUGGAAAGGAUGGUGUAUGUGGCAGCCUUUGCCAUAUCAGCGUAUGCGUCUAGCUACUACCGAGCUGGGAGCAAGCCAUUUAAUCCGGUUCUGGGAGAAACGUACGAAUGUAUUCGGGAGGACAAGGGCUUCCAGUUUUUUUCAGAACAGGUCAGCCACCAUCCACCUAUCUCUGCGUGUCACGCUGAGUCUGGAAAUUUUGUUUUCUGGCAAGAUGUGAGAUGGAAAAACAAAUUCUGGGGCAAAUCCAUGGAAAUUGUUCCAAUUGGCACAACCCAUGUGACACUGCCAGCUUUUGGGGAUCAUUUUGAGUGGAACAAAGUGACCUCUUGCAUCCAUAACAUCUUAAGUGGGCAGAGGUGGAUUGAGCACUAUGGAGAGAUUGUCAUCAAGAACGUGAAUGAUGAUUCCUGCUACUGCAAAGUGAAUUUUAUAAAGGCGAAAUACUGGAGCACUAACGCCCAUGAGAUUGAAGGCACAGUGUUUGACAGGAGUGGAAAAGCAGUGCAUCGGCUGUUUGGGAAAUGGCAUGAAAGCAUCUACUGCGGCGGCUCCUCCUCUUCUGCUUGUGUAUGGAGAGCAAAUCCCAUGCCGAAAGGCUACGAGCAAUACUAUGGCUUCACACAGUUCGCGCUGGAAUUAAAUGAAAUGGAUCCAUCGUCCAAGUCUUUAUUGCCACCUACUGACACUCGAUUUAGGCCAGACCAGAGGUGUCUAGAGGAAGGGAACUUAGAAGAAGCUGAAAUACAAAAGCAGAGGGUGGAACAGCUACAGAGAGAAAGGCGGCGGGUCUUAGAAGAAAAUCACGUGGAGCACCAGCCUCGGUUUUUCAGGAAAUCCAUCGAUGACUCUUGGGUGAGCAACGGCACCUAUUUGGAACUUAGAAAAGAUCUUGGUUUUUCCAAACUGGACCAUCCUGUCUUGUGGUGAAAAAGUAAAGAAGAAAGAUAACGUUAGUGUAUUUCUCCUGUGUUUGCUUCCUGAAGCUGCACAAACCUGUGUUUAUGUAUUUAAAAGAUACUCUAGGAUGAUCACUUAUGCUUAGCUUAGCAUUGUAACUAUUUAAGUCUAUAUUUUCCUCAAUGAGUUUCUUUACAAUUUCAAAUGUUACCCUGAUUGUUUAUAUGAAUGUAGAACACCUUGAUAUUUCUUUUUAUAUGUAAACUAAUAAAAAUGAGAGAUUGAAUGUUCAUGUGUGGGUUAAAAAAAAGAAGCUUUAACACUAAUUUUCCAAAGGUUAGGGAAGCUUCCAAUUAAAUUUAUGCCUUAUAAAAUUACGUUGUAGGAAAAAAAAUCAACCUCUUCCAGGUGCAUUAAGAAAUAAGAAUACCCAGGGUUACUCAACCACGCAUAAGCUACCGAAGUUUAAUUCGGUAGCUGAGAUAUCUUUUUGCCUCAGACAGCUCUUGAAUUGCUCAUACAGAACAAUUCUGCUGGUGCUGGAGUCUGAAGAAUAUUUUCAUUUGCAUUUUAGUGGUUAGGGAGAGGAUGUAAGAUUAAUGGAAUGUAUAUUUUUGUAUAAGAUGAAUAUGGCACCUUCUUGAAGAGGAAGCAUUUGAACUUGUUUCUCCCUAUAGUUCUGUUGCCUUAAAUGCAAAAGCGUACCCUCUUGCUCAGAGAAACUGUCGUUAAUAAGAGAAAAAAAAUUCAAUUAAUUAAAAAUUGUAAUAGCAUCCCAGAGAGACAGUAGGAAAUUUCUCCUCAGUGGGAGCUGAAUCCUUGAGAGGUUAAGAGACCGUUUCCUGCUUCCCACCCCACCCCUAGUUUUUUGACCCUCUGUUUGAUCACAUCCCUGUUGAGUAUAGAAUGUCCCAGUUUAAUAUAAAACAUGUAGUUUAUUCCACACAGCAGUUUGACUUUGUAAAAGUUUAGCAAAAUAAUUGUUUCGAAUAACUCAACAUGUUUUUCUUAAAUGCUGUUUCAGUAUUUUCUACCUCUUAAUAAGCACCAUAUUUUAGAUCUUGUAUAAAAAGUUUGCCAUCUGCCUUAUAGACAAAUGUAGAGAAUUGAUGUUCUUGCUUUGUGUUGUGUUCUGGCAAAGCUUUAAGUAAGUGUCUUACCCCUUUCCUAUACUUUCUUGUUAUCCAUAUCACUCUUUUGUGAGUUUUGCAGCAGUCUUGAAUAAUACAAAUUAUAACUAUUGAAAGGGGAAACUUUGUCUUCUUAAAUGUGUUAUUUCAAUUUACAAUAAUAUAAUUUGUGUAGUAGUUGAAUUGUGUUAUCAAAGCAAUUCCACCUUCUGCCCGGAUGACAUUAAAACCAAAGCCUAAUUGUUAAGCCUUUUAUUCUCAAGUCGAUAGCAGUCCUAUGGAAUAUCAAGUAUAAUGAUGUGGUCUAAAGAUUUCUCCAGAAAACACUUUUAGAUCCUUACAUUCAGAGCAUGUCAAAUGUUAUGAAUGAAGGGUAAAAUAAUUACAGGAAAAGAAUGCAUGAUUUUUCAUUGUCACACCAAAUAACCAGUUGGACAAUAUUGCAUUUUCAAAAUGGAGAGUUAUUUAAAGUGGAUCUGUAGCCUUCUGGAAUCCACGCGUGACUGGCAUUUUAAAACAACUCAUUAAAUAUGGGAUUCAUUUUAUUGAGAUGCCAAGAUGAGCACAAUAUGAGUAUCAUUUCCAUUUCUAAGCAGUUGAAUGACACAGUCAGAUUCUUUGGUGUGUGCUUUGUUCUUUUCAUUGCAAGCAUUUAUCCAAAUUCUGCUCACAGACAUGAGGAAGCAGGCUGAGAUUGAAGAGCACUCAAGGGGAAAACAAAUGUAGUUUCCACAAUGUGUGGGUAAAUGUAGAAUCUUAGUAAUAUUGGCUGUUAAAUUGGCCUGCUCCAGAGACUGGCUCAAAAAAGAAAGAAGCAACAAAAACAAAAUGUACAGCCUGCAGGGAUGUAGCGUUGUCAUGUGGCAUUUGGAAAUUCUUUAAUUAUCCUAAUGUUAUUAUUUCAGUUGCUCUUAUGCUUUAUUUUAGAAUCCCAAGGACAACAGGACUAAGUAUCACCUCUCUAGUCAUCUUAUUUGAGAUGAGGGUGGGGAUGAAUUAAAAUAUGAUACAGAACUAUGUGCAGCUUUUAAAAUCUAACUAGUCAGUACUAGCAUCUAUAAAGGGCUUUUCUUAAACAGGUUGGUGAUGCAUCCUCAUAUUAUAAGCUUAAAACUAUUUUGAAAGGGAAAUGGCUUCCUUUUUCCUUCUGUCCCUUUUCUGAAAAUCGUCUAGAGACACCAAAUAUGUGUCUCUAGGACAGUUUAUAGUUUUAAGAGAAAGAAACAGAAAUGUGGCAUCAUUUGGGAAGAACCAAUGUACAAUUUAAUUUUCUGGAAUUUAAAUCUCCUGGUUAAAUAAUACUAAUCACUGUCCCAUUUGAGUUACUUGUUUUAACCUCUUUUUUUUUUUUUCCUACUUAUUCCAUCCAAAAUUUCUGGUGAAAUACACAGAAAUUCUUGGAAAUGGGACUUUGUGCAGGUAACCACCACCCUGCACCUUAGGUGAUGUUCCUGUUAUAGCUAUCUACUACCCCACACUGCAGGAAAUCCAUUCAGAAAUGAGCUAACAGUCUCCAGUGUAGCAGGAGAGCCAAUCAGUUUCCUCCCCAGGCCCCUGAGCACCCCACGGCUGGUAUUCCCUUGAGUCAUAGGUAUGUAUUAAUAAUAAAAGCCUCAAUGCAGCUUCUCCAUGUAGUUCCUCUCCUAAAGCCAGGUGGAUUCUGGUCCUAACUAAAGAGAUGGGAGUUCACUUGAGGGCAGGAAGAGCCCAGGGUGCCCUAACAGCCCCACAGUUGUCUUGUGCUUCCUGUGAGACUCCCUGGGGAGGAAUAUUCAAACUAAUAUUUUGUAAAUGUUUACUUCAUUUAGGCUGCUUCUCUUCUCAUGUUCUGCUUUAAUUACUUGCAGUAAGUCGUUUGCUUGGGCUUCAAGCACUGUCCUCAUUCUCCAUCUUCCAGAUUUAUCAUGAGUGAUCUUGUUCUACUGUUAAUGAUGUCAAGCCUAAAAAAAAAAUAAUAAAUUAUUUGGCUGUUGAACUUCGAUGUAGGCCUACUACAUACACUAUAAGUUAUGCCUUCUGGCUAUCAUAGAAUCUCCACAGACCUUUUAGUUAUAAGUAGAAGCAAUAAGAAGUUGUCCUUAUGAUCUUAGGCAUAAUAGUUCCAAUGUAUUGGCAUAAUUGGUUUGAAUGUCUUUGAUUUUGAUGUUAACAUCAGCAUAAAUCUAUUUUUGCUACCAGAUGAUAGCUAUUUCAUUUGCUCAGUUUUCCUCUGCAUUGUAGUAAUUAUCUGUUAUGAGUGUUAGUCUUCACUAUUCUGUGUUGGAAACCUGUGUCAUGUAAAUAUCUGCAAAUCAUGACAGUCUGAAGUGCAAACCAUUUUCAGAGACUUUGGUUUGGGGAAUGCAAUGAUCAGAAGUGGCUAAUUUAUUUUAUUUCUGAUUAUUUUAUCCAGAGGAUACUUUUUUAAUGGAUAUUUGUAAAUCUUCCACUUAACCAUUGAAAAUUAUUUUCUGUUUUAAUCCCACCCUUCCAUCGAUACCUAUGUGCCUCCCAGAAAGCUCCUAUUAAUUUGCAUAUCCCCCUCAUGUAGCUAGUUGAAUGUGAAUAAAUAACGUGGAAAAAAGGCUA